GCCGCCCAAUACCGAAUCUCGAUUCGGAGAUUCAGGAUUCCGAGAAUAACGAAAUCAUUCUCAACCUGGUACAGAAAUCGAGUGGGGUGAUAUCUCAUUCGGUGGCGAGUGGAUCUAGUGAACCGCGAAAACAAUUUAAAUCUCAAGUUCUUACUCUCGAUCAAAAUGGAGCUGAAGUACACGGUCCAGAAUUACGACUGGGGCAUGAAGGGCAUGACGAGCAGUGUGGCGAGAUUACUGAAGGGAUCGAGUCCCGAUGCUGAGGUGGAUGAGGAGAAAACUUACUCUGAACUCUGGAUGGGGACCCACCAGAAUGGACCCUCGUUCGUCAAGGAAACUGGAAAGAGUCUGGGGGAGUUCAUAGGGGCGAACAAGGAGGUCUUGGGGGACGCUGUGAGGGAGAGCUUCGGGGAUGAUCUGCCUUUUCUGUUCAAGGUCCUGUCGGUGAGGAAGGCCCUGUCCCUUCAGGCUCAUCCUGAUAAGGCAAGAGCUGAAAGCCUUCAUAAACUCCACCCCGACAUCUACAAAGACCCGAAUCACAAGCCUGAAAUGCCAAUAGCACUGACGCCCUUCGAGGCCCUGUGUGGCUUCCGCCCAGUCGCUGAGAUCCAGCAUUUCCUGAAAAAAAUCCCUGAGCUGUCUAUGGUGAUUGGUCAGGAGACAGUCGACAAUUUCAUCGGGUCUGCCGAGGCUGAUGCAAAGGCUCAUCUUCAGAGGUGCCUGCAGGGGCUCCUCACUCACAACGCCGACUCGACAGCCGAGAAAUUGAAGAGCUUCAUCGAUAGAUUAUCACAAAUGGAUGAGGCCAGUAGAGAGGAAUUGAAUGCUAGUAUUAUUGAAAAACUCCACGCGGAUUAUCCAGGGGAUGUCGGCUGUUUUGGACUUUAUUUCUUUAACUUUAUUACUCUUCAACCUGGCGAGGCGCUUUAUCUGGGGGCUAAUGAACCCCAUGCUUAUAUUUCUGGUGACUGUAUGGAGAUCAUGUCGUGUUCAGAUAAUGUAGUCAGAGCUGGACUGACUCCGAAGUUAAAGGACGUACCCACAUUAAUCGAGAUGUUGACUUACAACUGUGAAGCUGCAGAGUUGAAGAGGUACAAACCAGUCAAAGAGGACGAAUUCUGCGAAGUUUUCAGACCCCCGAUCAAGGACUUUGCUGUUGCUAAAAUUGAGCUUCCUCCUGGCACAACAUCGUACGACCUCCCUCCAAGAAACUCAGCUGGAAUACUGAUAAUAAUCGAAGGCUCAGUGGAGGUGAACUCUCAGAUCUACUCCACAGGCUCUGUCCUAUUCGUCAAAGCGAACGAGAAAUUGAGCUUAAAUAUCGUGACCAAAGACGCGAGAACUCUCCUGUUCGAAGGUUUCGCCAACGUCUGACGAAACCGAACUAUUAAAUUUACCACAAAUCCCUGAGAAAAUAGUUUUAGUCAGCUUUUAAUUAAUUAGUUAAUUAAUUAAGUAAUAUAAAAAUGCCUAUUAACAUCACGAGCUUCCACUGGGGGGUUCCCCCCACGAAAAAACUCCCGAAAUGGUGAGGAAAAAUACGAAGGACUAGCUGGAGUCGUCUGAGGCCUCUUUGGGAGUUGCCUCCACUGGCUUGUCGACUUUGUAAUGACGAUACUCUGGCUUCAACUCCCACGUAUUCCUGUGGGGAUUCUUCAGAUUGUAAUUGCACACCUCGUUGAGUAUUUCCUUGAGGUACACCUGUGUGCAAAGUGAUUUUUCAAAUUGUAGAUAGAAACUAUGAAUGAAGGGAUUCGAAGAAGUUUUUGAGAAUUGAUGCUAUUUAUACUGACAUCAGAGUUUUAUAGGGAUUUUUUAUGAGAUUCAGAUGUGAUGGACUGUUUGGUCAAUUUUGUAUCAUUAGAUUUUUGAUUAUGUAAAUAAAAUCGGAUGUGAAAAUGUCUAAUUUACGUGACAGAACUAAUUACCGCAUAGUAAUUUGAUCUCAACACGUCAAUUUAUCACACAGACAACUGAACAUAAAUAAAUUGAGCACAAAACCUAUUCCCAACCCCAAA